AUGGAUGAUAUAGGAAAGUGAAUAUAUGGAAUUGGUGGAGUUUGCACCUUAAUAAUAGGCUCAUUUGCUGUUUUCAAUGGAAUAAAUUAUUGAAAGUAUAGGAAUUUAAAAGAUUUAAGUGUGCAAGAUCUUGUGAAUAAUUCAGAAAACAAUCCUACGAAAUUAGUUUGUGUUUCAGGUAUCGUCAGUGAUAAGAAUGCUUUUAAAGUAACAAAAAUAUAGCCAAUACACUUUAAAAAUUAUGGGAAAAUUGUUUAUUCUGAUACCAUUGAAUACAGAUACGCACAAUCUGGACGAUGUCGUGAAAUUCAUGAUCGGGUAAUCAGUCAAUUUUCAUUAGUCCAAGGAAGACUCGAAAUAAUGAUUAGCCCUUCAAACGAUACAAAUAUUUAUACGAACACAAUUUAUUCCAAAAGUGAAAAUUUAUCUCCAUCAUUUGAACUCAUGCUUCAAGGAGUAAUGUCAUUUAUUUCUUCAUGAUUUGGCUCGGAGGUUAUAAUUCCGGUCGAAGUAUUUCAUGAAGUAGAAGAAAAAGUAAUCUCAUGCAACUCUGCUAUCACUGCUAUUGGAAAAUUUUCGAAAACAAAUGGAAAAAUUACAGUUAUUCCUGACCAUAUUGGAUUUUCUAAAAAUGAAAUUUUAAGGCAUCUGAGAAAAAAUCUUGGAUGGUUAUGGGCUACUGCAGUGAUACUUGGGUGCGUUUUUGUUGUUCCUGCAAUAAGGAGACUUAGAAAAAGAAGAAAUUUGGAAAACCAAUAUAGAAACAUCAGAGAAAAUAUUCCCGAAGGAUUUCAUUGCGUUAUAUGCUUACUCCCCAUCCUUGAUCGAGCGAUUGAUGGUAAAAAUUCCUAAAAAUUGGGGAAAUUAAACCACAUCCUUGAUAGAACGAUUUUCAUAUCAUGCAAAUUUUUAUAUAUAUUUUAUUUUAUAUAUAAAAUUUUUUUUCCCAAAGAUUUUUUUUUUUAAACCCCCAUCCUUGAUCGAACGAUGGCGAGCCGUUAGAUCAAGGAUGGGGGAGUUAGAAAAUCCUAGAGAUACUCUUAUUGAGCCUUGCAAGCAUUUAUGUGUCUGCAGAGUUUGCUGCGAUAGCUUAAAUCAGUGCCCAGUUUGCAGAGCAGGAAUACAAAACACCAUAAGAAUAUACUAUCCAUAA